UUAUUAUGGACAAUUUUUUGAUUGAUUGAUUCCAAUCUAGCACUUAACAACAUAGCAAAGGUUCGAGCUUUGAGAUCAAUGCAUGGAUUUUUAUUUACUUCACUCUUAAAUCCCUCACCACAAAAGUCUUUGCCCUACAAUCUACCCCCUCAAUUUUUCCAUUCUAGUUAUUCAUCCCAAAUUUCGAAUGACUAAUUUAUCCCAUUCAAGUGAGUGAGUGAGUGACUGAGUUCGUUAAACGGAUCCCAAAAAAAAAAAAAAAAAACAAGAAAAAAAACCUUAAUCUCAAAAUUAGAUUUGAUGAUGGGAAAAUAUGAUAGAUCGAAGUUUUGGGUUUUGAUAAUUUUGAUUUUCAUUUGCAUUAGUGGGAUUUUUGUUUCUGCUCAAUCUCAUCGUCCCAAGAAUGUUCAGACUGCACUUCGUGCUAAGUGGGAGGGUACUCCUCUUCUUCUAGAAGCUGGGGAAUUGCUGUCUAGAGAGUGGAAAGACCUGUUCUGGGAUUUUAUUGACGUCUGGCUUCAACAUGAAAAUGUUGAAAUUGAUUCAAACACAGCAAAAGGAUGCAUGGUUAAGAUUGUUAAAUAUGGGCGCUCUUUCUUGAGUGAACAUCUUGGUUCCAUGUUUGAAUUUUCUCUAACUCUCCGAUCAGCAUCACCUAGAUUAGUUCUAUAUAGGCAGUUAGCGCAGGAAUCUCUAUCUUCUUUUCCAUUGACCGACGAAGCUGUUACGAAUGCUGGUGAUGUACCUUCAGAUUUGCAUGAUACUAAUACAGGAAACAGAAAGCCUGACCUCCUUCUUGUAGGGGUGAAUCCGAAGAAUCCAGGAGGAAAAUGCUGUUGGGUUGAUGUUGGUGCUUCAUUAUUUUUUGAUGUUGUUGAAUUGCUAGAAUGGCUGCAGAUCCAUGGCGGGGAUUCAUCUCAGCAGCCUGAACUUUUCGAAUUCGAUCAUGUAUACUCGGUUUCUAAUAGUUCAAGUCCAGUUGCCAUUUUAUAUGGAGCUUUGGGAACAGUAUGCUUUAGGGAGUUCCAUGGGGCACUUGUUAAUGCUGCCAAAGAGGGAAAGGUUAAAUAUGCUGUUAGAUUUGUAUUACCCCUUGGUUGUGAAGUGAAUACUAGCCAUUGUGGUGCACUUGGUACCAAAAGUCCUGUAAACUUGGGUGGCUAUGGUGUGGAGCUUGCCUUGAAAAAUAUGGAGUAUAAAGCUAUGGAUGAUAGCAUGAUUAAAAAAAGUGUUACUCUUGAAGAUCCUCAUAUAGAAGACCUUAGCCAAGAAGUCAGAGGCUUUAUUUUUUCCAAAAUACUGGAGCGUAAACCUGGGCUCUCCUCUGAGAUUAUGGCUUUUAGGGAUCAUCUUUUGUCAUCCAGUAUAUCAGAUACUCUGGAAGUUUGGGAAUUGAAAGAUCUGGGACAUCAAACUGCACAGAAGAUUGUCCAUGCCUCUGAUCCCUUGCAAGCAAUGCAAGAAAUCAAUCAGAAUUUCCCCAGUGUUGUUGCAUCAUUAUCAAGGAUGAAGUUAAAUAAUUCUGUGAAAGAUGAGAUACUUGCAAACCAGCGAAUGGUCCCUCCUGGCAAGUCCUUGAUGGCCUUAAACGGCGCUUUGAUCAAUAUUGAAGAUAUUGACCUUUAUUUGUUAAUUGAUUUGGUGCACCAGGAGUUGUCAUUAGCUGAUCAAUUUUCAAAGCUAAGGAUUCCUGAACCUGCUAUAAGGAAACUACUUUCAACUGUGCUGCCUUCAGAAUCAAAUAUGUUCCGCAUUGAUUUUCGCUCAAGUCAUGUUCAUUAUAUCAAUAACUUGGAAGAGGAUUCUAUGUACAAACGAUGGCGUAGCAAUGUAAAUGAGAUUUUGAUGCCAACAUUUCCUGGACAACUACGUUACAUUCGCAAAAACCUCUUCUAUGCAGUUUAUGUUAUUGAUCCUGCCACCUCUUGUGGACUUGAGGUGAUUGAAAUGAUUGUCAAUCUAUAUGAAAAUCAAUUUCCAGUGAGAUUUGGAGUAAUUUUAUACUCCACAACAUAUAUUAAUGAGGUUGAGAAAAAUGGUGGGGAAAAUCUUGCAGAUAUCAGUGUCAACUCAACAGAUGAAGACAUCUCUAGCUUGAUUAUUCGUCUUUUUAUUUACAUUAAGGAGCACCAUGGGAUGCUGACAGCUUUUAAAUUCUUGGGCAAUGUUCACUCAGAGUUAGGUGAUUUUGGUGAAGAAUCUCCUGAGAGGCAUCAUGUGGAAGGAGCAUUUAUUGAUGUGCUAUUAACUAAGGCAAAGUCUUCUCCCCAGGAUCUGCUGCUGAAAUUGGACCAGGAGAAGGAUUUUCAAGAUGUAGCUCAAGAAAGUUCUAUGUUUGUUUUCAAGCUCGGAUUGUCUAAGCGCAAAUGUUGCCUCUUAUUGAAUGGACUUGUGUACAAUUCUAAUGAGGAAACUCUGCUAAGUGCUAUGAAUGAUGAGCUUCCAAGGAUACAGGAACAAGUCUAUUAUGGAAACAUUGACUCUCACACUGAUGUGUUAGAUAAAUUUUUAUCUGAGAAUGGUGUAAGGCGCUACAAUCCACUGAUUAUAAUUGAUGGGAAAGUUAAACCUAAGUUCGUGUCUCUUUCCAAUUCAAUUCUUGAUGAGGUAUCUGCUCUUCAUGAGAUAAAUUACCUCCAUUCUCCUGAAACUAUUGAUGAAUUGAAACCAGUGACACAUCUUCUGGCCAUAGAUUUGACAUCAACAAAAGGGUUGAAGUUUCUUCAAGAAGGAAUACGUUAUCUUGAAGAUGGGUCAACAAAAGCCCGUGUUGGUGUAUUAUUUGUCCCAAAUUUUGCUUCUGAUUCAUCUAGCCUCCUUUUCGUGAAGAUCUUUCACAUUACUUCAUCAUCAUAUAGCCAUAAGGAAGGGGUUUUGCAAUUCUUGGAUCAGUUAUGCUCAUUAUAUGAGCGUAUCUUAAUAAAAAGAUCUUCUCAGCACACAGAAAGCAUUAAAACAUUUAUUGAAAAGGUUUCUGAUCUAGCAGAUGUGAACGGAUUGCCAUCUAAGGGGUAUAGCUCUCUUCUUACAGAAUUUGCAAUCGAGGAUUUGCAAAAACUGUUGAAUAAGGUGGGUUUGUUUCUACACAAGCACCUUGGACAUGAAUCUAAUCUAAAUGCAGUCAUCACCAAUGGGAGGGUAACAGUAUUUUCUGAUGAAGAUACCUUCUUGUCUCAUGAUCUGCAUCUAUUGGAGUCAUAUGAGUUUAAGCAGAGAAUAAAGCAUAUUUCUGAAGUUAUUGAAGAUUUGAAGUGGGAAAACAUUGAUCCUGAUUCUCUAACAAGCAAGUUCAUUAGUGAUGUCAUUAUGCUCGUCUCUUCAUCAAUGGCUAGACGAGACCGUAGUACUGAGGGUGCUCGUUUUGAGAUUUUGCAAGCGACAUACAGUGCUGUUGUGUUGACUAGUGAAAGCCCUAUCCAUGUUGAUGCAGUGAUUGAUCCGUUGGGUCCAUCAGGACAAAAGCUCACAUCUCUUCUCCAAAUCUUAGGGAAAUAUUUUCAGCCAAGCAUGAGAAUUGUACUUAACCCAUUGAGUUCCCUUGUUGAUCUCCCACUGAAGAAUUACUACAGAUAUGUUGUUCCAUCAAUGGAUGACUUUAGUGGCUCUGAUUAUGCUGUAAAUGGUCCUAAGGCUUUCUUUGCAAAUAUGCCAUUAUCCAAAACGUUGACUAUGAACCUUGAUGUACCUGAGACAUGGCUUGUGGAGCCUGUCAUUGCUGUCCACGACUUGGAUAAUAUAUUGCUUGAAAAUUUGGGAGAUACAAGAACACUGCAAGCUGUAUUUGAACUUGAAGCGCUUGUUCUUACAGGUCAUUGUUUUGAGAAGGACCAUGAACCACCUAGAGGACUGCAACUGAUUCUUGGGACCAAGAGCGCUCCCCAUCUGGUGGAUACUCUUGUCAUGGCAAAUUUAGGCUACUGGCAAAUGAAAGUUUCUCCUGGAAUGUGGUAUUUGUUGCUUGCUCCAGGCCGAAGUUCUGAACUUUACCAUUUGAUAGAGGAUGAUGGUGGAAGUCACAAGACCACCUUUUCAAAGCGUAUAAUUAUAAAUGAUUUACGUGGUAAAGUAGUUCACUUGGAAGUAUUGAAAAAAAAGGGCAAGGAGCAUGAGAAGUUGUUGGCCUCUGCUGAUGAUGAUGGUCAAUCCCCAGAAAGGAUCAAAGAUAGUCAGAGAAGUUGGAACAAAAAUAUUUUAAAAUGGGCUUCUGGUCUCAUUGGUGGAAGUCAGAAUACAAAAAAGAGCGAUAGCACAGUGCCGGAGAAUAAAAGCGAUCGACAUGGGAAAACUAUUAAUAUAUUUUCGGUUGCUUCAGGACACUUAUAUGAGCGAUUUCUCAAAAUUAUGAUAUUGAGCGUUCUGAAGAACACUAAUCGGCCUGUCAAGUUUUGGUUUAUAAAGAAUUAUUUGUCUCCAAAGUUUAAGGAUGUUAUUCCACUUAUGGCACAAGAAUAUGGUUUUGAUUAUGAACUGAUAACUUACAAGUGGCCUACGUGGUUGCAUAAACAAACGGAAAAGCAACGAAUUAUCUGGGCUUAUAAAAUCUUGUUUCUUGAUGUUAUCUUUCCCCUGUCACUGGAUAAGGUUAUAUUCGUUGAUGCUGACCAGGUUGUCCGAGCUGACUUAGGCGAACUUUAUGAUAUGGAUAUAAAAGGAAGACCUUUAGCAUAUACACCAUUCUGUGAUAACAACAAAGAUAUGGACGGCUAUCGAUUUUGGAGACAAGGAUUUUGGAAAGAGCACUUACGAGGAAAACCCUAUCAUAUUAGUGCUUUGUAUGUCGUAGAUCUGGACAAAUUCCGACAAACUGCUGCUGGAGAUAAUCUUAGAGUAGUUUAUGAAACUUUGAGCAAGGAUCCUAAUAGUCUCGCUAAUCUGGACCAGGAUCUUCCUAACUAUGCACAGCACACAGUGCCAAUCUUUUCACUCCCACAAGAAUGGCUCUGGUGUGAGUCAUGGUGCGGAAAUUCUACAAAACCCAAGGCAAAAACCAUUGACUUGUGCAACAAUCCCAUGACUAAAGAGCCCAAGCUUCAGGGUGCUAGAAGAAUUGUAUCUGAGUGGGUUGAUCUUGACCAAGAGGCAAGGCAAUUCACUGCUAAAGUGUUAGGUGAAGAAUUGGAUCCUGUUGAGUCUACACCACCAUCUCCUCAGUCCGAGAGUGUGAAAAAUGAUGAUGAAAUUGACAUGGAGUCCAAGGCAGAACUGUGACAAUAAAUUUUUUACAGCGUGGGGAAAAGGGUUUUAUGAGCAUGGCAGAAUGCUGAUCACUAAUGUCUUCCAUAUCUCCAGGCAAAGAUAAAGAUUUCACAGUGUCAAGGAACCAUUGUUCAGAGUUCCUUCACUGUCCAGCUGUUAUGAGGUAACUCAUCGGACACUUGGGUUAGUGACAAAAAUGAAAACUUCAAGGAAUAUGAACCCAUACAACAAUAUCAUUAAGAACUUCAGAGUUCUGACUAUAUUUUAAGCAGGUACAAUUUUUGUAAGAAUAUUAGAAUAGUACAGAGGUAGAUUAUUGAUGUAGUUCGACAGUUCACAGUAGUAGGAUACAUGAUGUAUAAUUACCAUGGCUGGUAGGAUUCCUACCUUGAGGCAACAAGUUUUACUCUCA